CGAUGAGAGAUGCGCGCGCAUCAUCGGGUCCUUUUUUGUUGUUUUGCGGCUCUUCCUCUCCCGCUCGGAAAGAAGCUUGGACCCGGAUCCAGACUGUCGGGUUCAUCAUCCCACCUCACCUCACCAACCACGUCACAUCUUCGAACCGUCUGUCCAAACAUUUCUCCACUUCUCGCUUUUCCCUUUCCUCGUCCACCCGCACGGCUGUGUCCUCCAGCAUGAUUUUCCUUGCUGCUUUCCUUGCACUUAUACUCUCCAUAGUCUUAUCCCUCGUUUUCCUUCCAAGAUCCCUCCGCUUUGGUGGAGAGCUGCUGGGCCGCUACUUGCGCCGAGCAUCCCGCACAAGACGAGAAUUACUGCUUUCCAGAGUAAACACUGAGCAACGUGCAUAUGAAGCAGAUCACAAGGCAAAGAGAGAUCAUGGAGAAGAAGAUGACGACUGGGAAGAGGUAGAGGCUUACAAGGUGGGCAGUGCGGAAAAUGGCGGGAAAGCUGAUCGAGACUGGAGCGGAGUAGUGGGCUUUUUACACCCCUUCUGCAAUGCGGGAGGCGGCGGCGAACGCGUCUUAUGGGCCGCUAUCCGUGCAACUCAGAAACGCUGGCCGGAAGCUAUUUGCGUCGUGUAUACUGGCGACCACGAUGUCAACAAAGAUGAUAUACUCAAGCGCGUCAAGGACCGAUUCAAUAUUCAUCUCCAUCCUCCGACUGUACACUUUCUCUACCUCACGACUCGUCACUACGUUCUCAGCAGUACCUGGCCCCGUUUCACGCUGCUGGGCCAAUCGAUCGGCUCUGUGAUUCUAGCGUACGAUGCUUUCAGCCUUUUGGUGCCAGAUAUCUUCGUGGAUACCAUGGGAUAUGCGUUUUCGCUUGCAUUCUCUUCGCUCCUCUUUCCGACCGUGCCGACUGGCGCAUAUGUUCACUAUCCUACCAUCUCAACCGACAUGCUCAGCUCGCUGGACGCAGGAGGCCAAGGCAUCAAUGCGGGAACCGGACAAGGUUAUCGUGGUCAAGCGAAGCGCCAAUACUGGCAACUAUUCGCAAAGCUCUACUGCAAAGUCGGUAGCACAAUAGAUGUCGUAAUGACGAAUUCUACAUGGACACAGACACACAUCAAAUCCUUAUGGAGCCCCUACCGGAACCGCCGGAACUCAACGACCACAGAUGACAUAGAUGUUGUGUUCCCGCCCGUCGCCGUCGAAGACGUCGAGACAGUCAUCGACAUCUCUCCUGAGAGUGAAAAGAAACGCGGUCCCUACAUUAUCUAUAUAGCACAAUUCCGACCGGAGAAGAAUCACCAGCUCAUCAUAGAAGCAUUCGCUUCAUUCCUUGCCUCAAAUCCAAAACUCCCCUCAUACCCAGACGAAAAGCCAAAGCUCAUCCUUAUUGGCUCUGUUCGAGGUGCCGAUGAUGCCACGCGUGUGUACAAUUACCGUCUUCUCGCUCACGAACUGAACAUCAAGAACCAAGUCGAGUUUGUGUGCGAUGCCAAGUGGCCUGAGAUGUUGGAUUGGAUGCAGAGAAGCAGCGUGGGCGUUAAUGGCAUGUGGAACGAGCACUUCGGCAUCGGCGUGGUCGAGUAUCAAGCUGCCGGCCUGGUCAGCGUGGUCAAUAACAGCGGCGGUCCGAAAUUAGAUAUCGUGGUGAAAAUCGAUGGAAAGCCCACAGGCUUCCACGCUUCCACGGCCGCUGAAUAUGCAGAUGGCUUCCAGCAAGCGCUUUCGCUAUCGCCGGAUGAAACACUCGCCAUGCGUCAUAGAGCCAGGGCAUCAGCGGGUCGUUUCACAGAUCAAGGAUUUGCGGACAAGUGGCUGCAAAACAUGGACACGCUCAUAAAACUCCAGAUUUCGCGUUCCGUCCGACCGUGA